UCAUGCGCGUGCUGUGUGUGUUUGCCGUGUUAGCCGUCAGGGCGAUGGGCCAGGUUGAAGGGUUCAGCGAUUUGCUGUCUUACCUUAACCGGUGCCGUUCGGGGCAGUUUGAUCGGUGCUUGGCCGAAGAUCUGAAAAACACCAUCGACGACAUAAUGUCGAGAAACGAGACUUACCGGUUGAACCAUUACCUCACCGUCACCACCAACGGCCGUCCGAGCAAAAACAGAUUCGCCGUUACGGACGGACUGAGUACACGGCUGACCACGUUUUUCCAAACUCUCAAGUUAAACUAUCAUCCGCAGACGACGGACGAUGAACAACCACGCUACACCGUUGUCGAAAGUCGGAAAAAAAAAGACAAAGGUGGUAAAAGCAAGAUGGGCAUGAUGAUGGCGGUCGGAGCCAUGUGUAUGUCUGCUAUUGGCGGUAUGAUGAACAUGGGAAUGAUGGGCGGAGUUUCAAUGAUCGCUAUGAAAGCAUUGAUCAUAGCUAAGUUUGCGUUUUUACUAGCGGCGGUGAUCGCUCUUAAAAAGCUUUUUGGCAAUAGCGGCGGAGGGGCCGUCCAACAACCAGUUGUGUGGAGCGGUGGCGGUGGAGGGUCAGAACACAGUGGAUACCAUAGGAGUUUCAAUCCGACAGACACGCAAAACAUAGUUGCAUCAUCGUUGGCUUACAGAGACCAAAUCAAUACUAAUCUGUAA